AUGUCCCCCAACUACACCCCCGACCUCCACCUCGCCCUCCACACCGUCCACCGCGCCACCCUCCUCACCAAAUCCAUCCUCCGCUUCCUCAACAACUCCGUCGCCGCCGAAACAAAAGCCGACGCCUCCCCCGUUACCAUCGCCGACUUCGCCGCCCAAUGCCUCAUCAUCACCGCUAUCCGUGCCGUGCAUCCCUCGGACAGCUUCGUCGGCGAAGAGAGCGCGGCCGCGCUGCGCUCGAACCUCGCCCUACGCGAAGCAGUAUGGGCUCUCGUCUCAUCCGCGUCGAGUGAGGCUUUGACGGGGCUGGGUGAGGAUGACCCAGUGGGGGAGUUGGCGGUCCCGCAGACGAUGGAAGAGAUGCUUGAUGUUAUCGAUGUGGGCGUUGGCGAGCAGACGGCUAGGGGGCGGGUGUGGGUGCUUGAUCCAGUGGAUGGCACGGCGACGUUCAUGAAGGGGCAGCAGUAUGUGGUUGCGCUGGCACUGUUGGAGGAUGGGGUGCAGAAGGUGGGUGUGCUGGCGGCGCCGAAUCUGCUGUGGGAUGCUAGUGCGGGAGCUGGGGAGCAGAAGAUCCAUGAAGAUUUGGUGGAUGAGGAAGGGUGGGGUGUUGUGUUGAGUGCGGUUGAAGGGGAGGGGGCGUGGGUGCGGCGGAUUGAGGAGGAGGGGUUUGGAGAGGCGGUUAGGAUUGGGGUGGGUGCCAAGGAGAAGGAGUUGAAGGAGUUGGAUUUUGUGGAGGUAGCGCCUGGCUCCACGACUUUGUCGCAGGAGAGCCAUCGAAGGGUUGCAGAGGGUUUGGGGGCGAAGUGGCCUGGCACGCAGCUGUGGAGCCAGCAGAUGAAGUACGUGGCGCUGUCCCUGGGGGCAGUGGAUGUGAUGCUUAGAAUACCGAAGACGAAAGACCGUUUCACGCAGGUUUGGGACCAUGCUGGGGGGCAGCUCAUCUUUCAGGAAGCGGGAGGCAAGAUUCGGGAUUUGAAUGGUGGGACUAUUGACUUGGCGCAAGGGAGGAAGAUUCAGGGUGAGAGGAACUUUGGAAUGAUUGCUACGAGGCCGGGAUAUUGGGAGAAGAUAAGUGAAGCCAUGAAAGAAGCGGUGGCGGACUCGGGCUUCUAG